GCUAGUUACUAAGCAACGAUUGGUGGAGUGAGCAGCAGUGGCGCAGAGUAGCUAAAUACCUGUUCUGCUCGCUGGCAAACAACUAGUGACAGGCAGCUUAUUGUUACAAUAUAGUGAAAUAAGGUAAGCUAUAAUCAACAGUUGUUUAAUAAGAACAAUUCUUAUUUUGUUAGAGUAUGGCUAGCACGCGGAUUUCGGAGCAAUUGCCCCCGCAUUUUGACCCGACUCAAGCACCUGUUGCAUUCGGCAACCGAGCCCUUCCGAGGAUCUCUCUGGAACUGCAAGAUCCACAGCUGUGCAUACGACAGAGAGCUCUUGCAGCCCUCUGCGACCUGGUUCAUGACCCAACGAGGGCAUAUGAGGCUAUUCACAAAGGCUGUUUGGAGAGGCUGAAGGUCCUGCUGCAAGACAGAGACAGCUCAGUGAGAAUCAAAACUACAGAAGUCUUUUACCUACUAGCUGCCCAUAAUGUGGGGAGAGAAGCCUUCCUCACGUGGGAUGUGGUGGCUCCACUGUCUGAUCUUCUAGACGAGCCAGUUGAUGCCUGUCGUAAAAACAUGCAUCGUGCACUGAAGAUGGUGGCUGAGUUUCCUGCAGGUGCAAUGUGUAUGGUGACUUUGGGCCUGGUUCCCCGGCUGGUGAUGAAGCUGCCUGUUGAGCAGGAGGAGAUCCGGGCCCUGAUCCUGGCCACUCUCAGCUACUGUGUGAGGGUGGAUGCCCUGCCGGCCCUGGCCAGUGACGGAGUUCCCAUGCUGCGAAACCAGCUCUCUCACCCCUCCCCUGACAUCCGCCGGGCCGCAGCCUCCGCUAUGGUGGGCAUCAGUGUUCCAUCAGAAGGGAAGCACAAGGUAUGUGAGGAGGGAGUUCUCCCAAUCCUGGUGAAGCUGCUAUCAGACUGCGACCCAGGAGUGACUGCCAGUGCUGCUGGGACUAUUAUGAACACAGCUAUUAUCACUAAAGGGAAGUACCAGGCCUUAAAGGCAGGUGCCAUCCCCCCCUUGUUGGAGCUGGUUGGCAGUGAGGACAGAGCUGUGUGUGCUAACGCGCUGCGUGCCCUCACCGCCCUGGCUGAAGCCCCCUGCGCUCGGGAACAGCUACUGGAACACCUGCCACUAUUAAAGACAAGGCUCAAUCACCCAGCUUCCAUCAUCUGCCGGGCAGCAGCCACCGCCAUCCGCGUGAUCUCCUGGACCCCCUGAGAGAAAGAGAGAGCAAGGGAAGAAGAGAAAUACCUCUCAUUAUCUGAUUCUCCCUCGCUCCUCCCCCUAUUCUCUCUCCCUCACACACAUUGACACACACAGGCAUGCAUGUGCUCUCACAGACAUCCCACACACACAGUCCUUAUUCUACUACAGACACUCACACUUCCUUAAUGUAAAUGUCUGCUGGUGUACAUUUUCCAGACUAGUAGACCCACCUCUUAUUUAUCAUCUGUCUGUGUCAUCUAUCCUGUUAAUGUGAUUAAAACUGAUCAGUGACAAGUUUCAGCUCCUCUGUAUAGAGGUUCCCCAACUGAUGGCCCUUGGGUGAUUUUAUUUGGCCCCACAAGUUCUAGCUCCCAGUUCACCCUGGACUCUACAAGUUGUUAAAAGCGUUCCACAGGGAUUCUGGCCCAUGUUGACUCCAAUGCUUCCCACAAUUGUGUCAAGUUUUUCUUUGGGUGGUGGACCAUUCUUGAUACACACUGGAAACUGUAGAGCGUGAAAAACCCAGCAGCGUUGCAGUUCUUGACACAAACCGGUGAGCCUGGCACCUACUACCAUACCCCGUUCAAAGGCACUUAAAUAUUUUUGCCUUCCCCAUUCACCCUCUGAAUGGCACACAUACACAAUCCAUGUCUCAAUUGUCUCAAGGCUUAAAAAUCCUUCUUCAACCUGUCUCCUCCUUUUCAUCUACAUUAACUUAAGUGGAUUUAAUAAGUGACACCUUGCAAAAGUAUUCAUCCCCUUUGUUGUUUUUCCUGUUUUGUUUUAUUACAACCUGUAAUUUAAAUGGAUUUUUAUUUGGAUUUCAUGUAAUGGACAUACACAAAAUAGUCAAAAUUGGUGAAGUGAAAAAUAUAUACACUGCUCAAAAAAAUAAAGGGAACACUUAAACAACACAAUGUAACUCCAAGUCAAUCACACUUCUGUGAAAUCAAACUGUCCACUUAGGAAGCAACACUGAUUGAUAAUAAAUUUCACAUGCUGUUGUGCAAAUGGAAUAGACAAAAGGUGGAAAUUAUAGGCAAUUAGCAAGACACCCCCAAAAAAGGAGUGGUUCUGCAGGUGGUGACCACAGACCACUUCAGUUCCUAUGCUUCCUGGCUGAUGUUUUGCUCACUUUUGAAUAAUGGCGGUGCUUUAAAAUCUCGCCAUUUCCUCUGGGUUUUGUGCGGGAUUGUUUCGUUUGCUGUCAGUUAGUUUUGGGUUGCGUGUUCUUGGGUUCUGUUUAACAGGUGGGUUUUCCCUGGACUGUGUCUGAGUGGGUUUUGUGGCUGCUGUUGUAGUCCGGUUUCCUGUUAUUUGGACUUGUUAAAUAAAUGCCCUUUUCGGGAACUUGCUUUCUCCUGCGCCUGACUCCACACCCACAUCUCCUUGGGGAGAAUCUGACAAGGUGUGUCCAAGCUUUUGACUGAUACUGUGUAUAUAUACUGUAUAUAUAUACUGCUCAAAAAAAUAAAGGGAACACUUAAACAACACAAUGUAACUCCAAGUCAAUCACACUUCUGUGAAAUCAAACUGUCCACUUAGGAAGCAACACUGAUUGACAAUAAAUUUCACAUGCUGUUGUUCAAAUGGAAUAGACAACAGGUGGAAAUUAUAGGCAAUUAGCAAGACACCCCCAAUAAAGGAGUGGUUCUGCAGGUGGUGACCACAGACCACUUCUCAGUUCCUAUGCUUCCUGGCUGAUGUUUUGGUCAUUUUUGAAUGGUGGCGGUGCUUUCACUCUAGUGGUAGCUUGAGACGGAGUCUACAACCCACACAAGUGGCUCAUGUAGUGCAGUUCAUCCAGGAUUAUAACUCAUAAAUGUUGAAUGUUAUGUGUUCCUUGUUAGAAAGAAUGGGUUUAUCUUCAGACAGGCUAAAAUGAUGUCUCUACCCAGGGAGGGGAAAGACCUUGAGUUGGUUGUAGAUAGUUGAACAGGUGGCAGACAGUAAUGAGAACUCAAACUGUAUUGCCAUUGUAUCCGAGAGGAGGUUGGACAUUAAAACCUAUGACAUCAUCUUUAUUAUAUAACCUGAUGUAAAAUGUAUUAUGAUCAGUACUCUCGAGAAUAAACGCUAUUGAUUGAUUGAUUUUAA